UCCCUCUCCCUCGCCCUCUCUUUCACUCUCUGUCUGUCCAAUGCAGGCGGCUCUAAGUUGGGAAGCUCAUUAAUUAGCGGGCCGGGGGUAGGAGGAGCCGGCUGGAAUUAGCCUGCCUAAUGCGCCUGUCAGUGCGGGCGCCGCGCCGCGCUCGGCCCGAGCUGUUUGUAAAUGACAUUAGCGGCGCCUUUAUUGCACCCGAACCUCCGGCGACUGAAAAGCCGCCGCCGCCCCCACCCCAAACUAGGAGCUGCGCUCCGGGCGCACCCGCCUCCCGCCGGCCUGGCUGCGAAGGGAGCGUCGGCCAGGGGGGGUCUCGGGUUCUCCGACCCGGGAUUUGGCGCCCAAGACAGGGCGACGAGAGCCCAAGCCCGGGAGGGAAACGAAACGGCCGCCGCGCGGGCCAGGGGUCAGCGCUCUCCACUCUCCAGUCCUCUCCGCAUCACCGUUGGAUCGAGGGGGAAAUUGAGAUAAAGAUGGUCGGCGAGUCUGCGGCACAGGUAAACGAUUUGGGCGGUUCCCAGAGCUGGAUGGAAAUGAGACCCGAAGAGGGACAUCGGGCCGUCGGGGGCGUGGGGGUGUGUGGGCGAAAAGCUCCAAGUUGGGAUACUCGGGGUCACCCCUGGACCCCCAACGUCCCACCAGGGAUAUUAGAGCGAGCUGUUCUUAAGUUAAUGCUCCAGUACGGAGGGCGCCGCCACCAAAGCGCCUGCUGCUGGCUGCUGGUGGGAAGAGCAGCCCCCGACGGGACAGCCCGCCCAGGCCUGCGGGAGUCCCGCGCCCCCUCCACAUCUUAG